UUGCUAUAAAAAUUGUAGCGGUGGCUAAAGCGAGCUCAGUCGAGGCGAGCGCGCCCUCCAGUGACGUAGUGCCAACAUCGCGGUGGGAAACAAUGCACAUCCUCCUGCUACUGCCGCUCGUCGCGGCCUGCACGGCCAUGCCCUCCUACAUCGCAGUCCCGGCCGACCAGAUCGCCUUCGUCGACUUGUCAGCAUUACGCGUGCGAAGGGUGCCAAGACAGACGCUCACCCCUCCCCCGCCGCCCCCGCAGUUAUCGCAGGCCCAACUGUAUAGGGAGUAUGCCGCUCCGGUGCAGGAAUAUUCGGCCGCUCCUGUUCAGGAGUACACCCCACAGCAGCAGGAGUAUCCAGUGCAGUACCAGCAGCAACCGAUAGCACUAGCCCCAGAACCAGAAGCCCCUGCGAGAAUAGUACAAAUCCAAGCGCCGUUGCAGCGCGACGUAGCCAGCGCGGCGUCGGCGCUGGCGGAGCGGCCGCCCGACUUCGGGGAGUACGUGGACUUCGGCGCCCACACCGGCGACAGUGGCGCCUUCGGCUGGUAUGCCGACUACCCCGUCAACGGCCACGAUGACGGCAGCUACAGGAAGUAGCUAGGCUAUAAGAACCCGGCCGCGAGGAAUAAAGUAGUUAGCCUUUGUUGCAAAGUUAUGUUCGUGGUUUUGGAUGUUUGGCUCUCUAUGGGAUGACAACGAUCAGAUGCAUUCUGAUUUGUUUGAUAGAACUUAACAUAUUUCUAGAUGUUUCUUGUAGUCAAUAAUAAAAUUUAUGUCUACAUAAAACAGAUUUUACCAUGAACACAAAAUGAUAAAGAUGAGCCAUUUUAUAGCAUUUAUUAAUAUCAAGAAGCUUACUCGCAGUCGGGUACUAAAGCCAAUGGUCUAGAACUUGCCAAUAGAAUUAUACCCAUUUUAUUGAUUCAAAGAUAUGAGAUGAAUCACUGUUCGGAGUAUUAUCAUCGUUCCUUUGAUCUGGGUAUGUUAUUUAAUUAGUAGGAGUAUUACCAAAGACAGUAUUCGAUCCAAGUGAUACUUAGUUAGUAAAGCCGAAUUACCGCACAUUUGUUUCAAACGGUUAAUUCCGCGUUGCACUUAUUUUUAUAUUCAACGUUAGUUCCUCGCUUAGGUUAAGUUUUUUGAAGAACACUGUGAUACGUACCAAGUUACAAACUUUUUUCUACUUCUACUCUUGUUACUGUUCUUUCCUCUUUAAUUUUUUCAAUCCUUAUGCUUCUACUUUUUCUUUUCUUGUUUUAAACCAGCUAUAAUGUACUGCUACAUUACAUCGUUUUGUGAAAUGUUAUUUAUCGAUGUUAUUGUUUGUUAACGCAAACAACAUAGUUUAAUCCUGUUUUUACUUCCUUUUAUAACUUAUUUCUAUGUUCUAUGACUAUCUUGUUUUUUUUAUAUCCCUGUGUGUUCUAUCUUUAUUUCUUAUAUUUCUGUAAACUUCAUGUUUGUUUCUAUUGUCACGCUUUAGACACCUUUUAGUCACUGCUAUCUCUCCUUUUCACCCUGUUUAGCUUAAAUACUCGCUUCUUGUUCAAUUAACUUCAUGCUUAUACUUUUCUUCACUGUCAUAUUUUCUUUCUUGUUUAUGAAUAAUUACACUUAUCUUUCUUUAUAACUGUCUUUCAUUGUACACUCAAGCUUUAACUAUAACUGUGCUCUCUUUUAUUUUACGCAACUGCAUUUAUUUCUUACAUCACACUUUCUAACUAAUUUGUCUCUCUAUUUUACACUUCAAUUACAUCCAUUUCAUACAACAUCUGUCAUCGUGUUGUGCUACUUCGCUCUACUUCCACUCAACAUUUUCAUUUAUACAUGAAACAUGAAUCAUUUGCCUUUAUCUUUUUCACUACUUCAUUUUUACAAUUGUAGCUUUUAUGGCAUUUUCUUAAUUUCUAUUUUUAAGUUGGUUAACAAGAUAAGAUGACUUUGAUAUUUCGAGUUCUGUUUAAUUCAACACCUUCACAGGUACUUUUAUCUACAAACUGUAUUCUAUUAUUUACUUUCUUAUUCAACAUUUCUUUCUUGUUAAUUAUUACUCUUAUACAUUUUAUUUUCUUUUCCUCUUAAUAAUAGAUAUAAUAUUGUGUAAGUCAGCAAACAUCACAAAAAGAACCUACUUAUUCUCAAAAGUCUACUACAAUGUCUCUCUUUAAAAUAAUAUCUCUUUUCUUUAAUAUUAUUUCUAAAUAACUUUUACCUUUUCUUUCUUCUUACGCUCUUCUAUCUUCAUUUUUUCUCGAGACUUAAAUUGACAUGAUUGAACUAAUGUCUCACUUUCUUUGUUGCGUUUUCAAUGUUAUUUCUUAAAAUUUCUCUUAAACUCUCUUUAACUUAAGUGUAAGUAAUACGAUGACUAUUGUUAUAAUUUAACAAGUAUGUCUUAUUCUAAGACAGAAGUAUCUACUAUCUAUCUGACUUUAAGGCUAGCCACUUAUUAGAUAGUGUCAUCUAUUUUCUUUGACUGUUCUUCCUAUCUUCUUUCUACUGCCUUAUUUCAUUGUUUUUCCUUUACAUUAAUUUCUACUUCAUUUUGCUGACACUGUUUAUUUUUACCUUUUUUCUAUUCUUACUUGUACUUAUUUUCUUUCCUUUCUCUUUAAAGCCAUUUUUAUGUUUUCCUCAGAUGGAUCUUUUUUAUCUGUCAGAGUUUUCUUUCCCUUCCUAUCUUACUUAUACCACUUUCCGCUCAAUUAAUUUUAUUUCUUAAUAUAUUUUCCAUACUUUUUAUUUUCUUUCUUUACCAGGCCUUAAUUGAAGUUUUCUGAUGAUUUUCUUUUUCUGUGACUUCUUCCUUUCAUAUUUCUGUCUGUCUUUUCCGGUAUAUAUUUAAUUUUCCUCAAUCCUAUUUCUUGCGUCAAUAUACUGUGUUUUUAACUUAAGUUGUCGCAUAAGUUGCAGUUUAACAUAACGUUAUAAGUGUAAUUAAUUACAUACCAAGUUCGAAAGUACCACACAACACAACAGUUUGUUAAUUUUCAUCUAAUUCAUUUAUUUAUAUGUUAAGCGUGAUUGUCACUUCUUUUGUCACUUCUUUUUUCUUUUUAAUUUAAACGUACAUCACUUCAUUGCUUUUUAUUUAUUUUCUAUUUUACUAGGUACUUGCUUUCUUGAACUUCUAAAAUUUACUUUCAUUCUUAUUUGCUUAAUAUUGUUUAUUCCCAUCUAUUAGCCAUACAACAGUUUCAUUCUUAAUUCUUGGCACUCAAUGUAGUAUUUUUUACUUAUAAUAUGUCUAUUAGUCUUCGUUCAUUCUUGUUUCAUCCUGACUUUCUUUUUUUUUCUUAAGUACUUAAAUCUGUCUUUAUUAUUUUUCAUAAAAUGAUAUGAACUUUCCUUCUCAACUUUUUUCCUGUCACUUACUACGCUUACUCUAAAUUGUCCUUUCCUAUCAAGUCUUAAAUUUUAUUUUUCCCUAUCACACUUACUGUACUUUCAAGAACUAUAUUUGAUACUUGUUUUCAAUAGUGUGCCCUGUGUUAUAUAGUAUGAAUUUUCUGAGAUGAACUUUUCGGUUUUGCCCUAAUCUGUUAAACAAAGGCCUUUGUUUCUAUUAUUCGCCGCGGU